CGGGAAUACUUAAAUUAAGUAUAUUAGUUUCCUAACAAGUAUUUUUGUGUAGUUUUUGGAAAUUUACCAGUGCAAGAUGAAGGUCGCUGUAGUACUUUUAGCCACCAUCUCCUUUGCUCUCGCUGAACCUCCAGUACCAAGCAGCGAGUAUCUGCCCGCCAACCAAUACAUCCCUCCCUCAAAUCAGUACGGAGCCCCAAAACCAUUUUCUCUUCCAUCAAAUAGUUAUGGAGCUCCUGCACAAACCCAAGCUGUGAUCAGGCCGAAUAAUCUGUAUGGUCCACCAAAACCAGUAUACGGUGCCCCCAAUGCAGCUUACUUACCCCCUGGAGGAUAUGGAAAAGGAUACGACUACGAAGGGGAACCAGCUAACUACCAAUUCGAAUACCACGUAGAAGAUCCUCCAUCCGGUAACGAUUUCGGCCACCAAGAGGAAAGACAAGGUGACGUAGCCAAAGGAAAAUACUUCGUCCUACUCCCCGAUGGUCGACUACAAACCGUGGAAUACACCGCCGACUUGGACGGUUACAAACCCAAAAUUUCAUACCAGCAGGUUGGAGGAGGCUACCCAUCUGGAGGACCAGGUGGUUACCAGUAUUAA